UGUGCGAUGAUCCAGAUGAGUCCGUGGACGCUAGCUUAGCGUAACCAAGAACCCGACGCUCCGAGAAACGCGCAUUUUCAGACGGGUCGAUUGAACGUUACAUUUCGCACAACCCCUUAUUUUCAUCCUAAACGUUAUCGCGGUCGGGUUUAAAAGCGAAGGUCAAGGUGGAGGCCGUUAUUUGAUGUGAAAGGCUGUAGAUCUGGGCACACAGAGAGAGGCUCCUGCCUGCCACACAAGAUGGAGUGCCAGUGGAAACCCGACGAACAGGGACUUCAGCAGAUCUUACAACUACUCAAGGAAUCACAGUCCCCCGACACAUCCACACAACGAUCCGUCCAACAAAAACUUGAGCAGCUCAAUCAAUAUCCAGACUUCAACAACUACUUGAUAUUUGUGCUCACAAAACUAAAGACAGAAGACGAGCCUACUCGCUCUCUCAGCGGUCUCAUUCUGAAGAACAACGUUAGAGCCCAUUACCAGAACUUCCCGAAUGGCGUCUCUGACUUCAUAAAAAAUGAGUGCCUGCAGAACAUUGGAGACUCCUCACCGCUCAUUAGAGCCACAGUGGGCAUUUUAAUCACAACUAUAGCCUCUAAAGGAGAGUUACAGAACUGGCCAGAACUUCUACCUAAACUCUGUUUACUGCUGGACUCGGAGGACUAUAACACUUGUGAAGGUGCUUUCGGAGCUCUGCAAAAGAUCUGCGAGGACUCUGCUGAAAUCCUGGACAGUGACAUGUUGGACCGCCCACUCAAUGUGAUGAUUCCAAAAUUCUUGCAGUUCUUUAAGCACAGUAGCCCAAAAAUCAGGUCACAUGCCAUUGCCUGUGUGAACCAGUUCAUCAUCAGCAGAACACAGGCCUUAAUGCUGCACAUAGAUCCUUUCAUUGAGAACCUGUUUGCACUGGCAGGCGAUGAGGAACCUGAAGUGAGGAAGAAUGUGUGCAGAGCUUUAGUCAUGCUUUUAGAAGUUCGACUUGAUCGUCUCCUUCCUCACAUGCACAACAUAAUUGAGUACAUGUUACAAAGGACGCAGGACCAGGAUGAAAAUGUCGCUCUGGAGGCUUGUGAGUUCUGGCUCACUCUUGCCGAGCAACCGGUGUGUAAAGAGGUUCUCUGUGGACACCUGCCAAAGUUGACACCAGUGCUUGUCAAUGGAAUGAAAUACUCUGAGAUUGACAUAAUCCUUCUAAAGGGAGAUAUUGAAGAAGAUGAAGCAAUCCCAGACAACGAGCAGGACAUUCGCCCGAGGUUCCAUCGCUCGCGCACUGUUGCUCAGCAACAUGAGGGUGGAGACUCCAUUGAAGAAGAGGAGGAUGAUGACGAUGAUUUGGAUGAUGAUGAAACCAUCUCUGACUGGAAUCUAAGAAAAUGUUCCGCAGCUGCACUGGAUGUCCUGGCAAAUGUUUUCAGGGAUGAUUUGCUGUUGCAUAUUCUUCCUCUGCUGAAAGAACUGUUGUUCCAUCCAGAGUGGCUUGUAAAAGAGUCGGGCAUACUUGUGCUUGGAGCAAUUGCUGAAGGCUGUAUGCAGGGAAUGAUUCCCUACCUACCAGAGUUGAUUCCUCAUUUGGUACUCUGUCUCUCUGAUAAGAAGGCUCUGGUUCGAUCCAUCACCUGCUGGACUCUGAGUCGGUACACGCACUGGGUGGUUAGCCAGCCUCCUGACACCUACCUCAAACCUCUCAUGACUGAACUGCUCAAGCGCAUUCUGGACAGCAACAAGCGUGUCCAAGAGGCCGCCUGCAGUGCCUUUGCAACCCUGGAGGAGGAGGCGUGCACUGAGCUGGUGCCGUAUCUUGCUUACAUUUUGGACACGUUAGUGUUUGCUUUCGGUAAAUACCAGCACAAGAACUUGCUCAUCCUCUAUGAUGCCAUUGGGACUCUGGCUGACUCUGUGGGCCAUCAUCUCAAUAAACCAGAAUAUAUUCAGAUGCUGAUGCCUCCAUUGAUUCAGAAGUGGAACCAGCUAAAAGACGAAGACAAAGACCUCUUUCCCUUACUAGAGUGUCUCUCGUCUGUGGCCACUGCUCUUCAGAGCGGCUUUCUGCCAUACUGUGAACCUGUCUAUCAACGCUGUGUCAACCUGGUCCAGAAAACACUCGCUCAAACUGUGCUUCAUCAGAAUCAGCCUGAGUUCUAUGAAGCUCCCGAUAAAGAUUUCAUGAUCGUGGCUCUGGAUCUGCUCAGCGGAUUAGCAGAGGGUCUUGGUGGAAACAUAGAGCAGCUGGUUGCCCGUAGCAACAUUCUCACUCUUAUGUACCAGUGCAUGCAGUUUUCUCCUCAGGAUAAAAUGCCAGAGGUUCGGCAAAGUUCCUUUGCUCUGUUGGGAGAUUUGACCAAAGCCUCAUUCCAGCAUGUGAAGCCCUGCAUUGCAAAUUUUAUGCCUAUAUUGGGCACAAACCUGAACCCAGAAUUGAUAUCAGUGUGCAACAACGCAACAUGGGCCAUUGGAGAAAUAUCUAUUCAGAUGGGUUCUGAUAUGCAGCCGUAUGUCCCAAUGGUUCUUCAACAGCUGGUGGAGAUUAUUAACAGACCCAACACACCCAAGACUCUGCUGGAAAAUACAGCAAUAACAAUUGGUCGUCUUGGUUACGUUUGUCCUCAAGAGGUGGCACCCAUGCUACAGCAGUUUAUAAGACCCUGGUGCACUUCUCUUCGCAAUAUAAGAGACAAUGAAGAAAAAGACUCUGCCUUCCGUGGCAUCUGCACCAUGAUCACGGUCAACCCUGGUGGUGUGGUGCAGGACUUUAUAUUUUUCUGUGAUGCUGUGGCAUCCUGGGUGAACCCAAAAGACGAUCUUCGAGAAAUGUUUUAUAAGAUCUUGCAUGGGUUUAAGAACCAGGUUGGAGAUGAUAACUGGAGACGCUUUUCUGACCAGUUUCCCCUUCCACUCAAAGAGAGACUUGCAGCACUCUACGGGGUGUAGAUGUAACCAGGUUAAAGAGCUUAUUACAAUGGGAGGAUGGGAACCUCUAAUACCCAGGGCAUAUGUUGCCCUUUACCUGGGGGGAAGGGUAGUCUAGCAGGGGUGGGAACCAAUCGGCCCACUAGACCCCUCUGGACGGGGUGGGAGGGAGGCGUUAGCUGCGGCGCUAGUCGAUGAAACCACGCCAAGCCAAACCAAAACAGGGAGGAAAGCUUUUUUGUCUUGUCAUAACAAUCAGCCAUAAGGGUGAAAACAAAAAUGUUGUUAGCAUUCAUUCAUCAGGACGCUCAACGGGACAUCCAAGGGGUUUAAAAAAACAAUGACAUGAUGAUUUUUGUAAACUCUCUAGGUCCUUUGGAGCAGACUGGAAGAUGCCUGGAGAAAAUGCAUAGUUGUUCUGUUUAUUUUCUGGAUGUACUAUAAAGAGGGUUUAGAUGGGUGGGUGGGGCGUAAAUCUAAACUGGCCUACGCAUGGGGUGAUGUAGGGUCUAGCCCGACUGCAUGAACGUGUGCAGACAGUGUUUUUGUGUGCCAGCUAUGCACAGCAGUAGACCGCAAACAUUUAAGACUCUCUGUCAAACAGGUAACAACUUCAAAAAGUAUCUGUAGAAACGUAAGUCCUCUCAUAUCACUGAAAGGGGUUUCAUCUGAGUUUUAGACUGGCAGUGCAAGGCGUAGAUAAAAGAAGAGAAAUCCAAACGACUGCAAUUUUAUUUUAUUUUUGACUUGUUAUAUUAAGUUAGCAUGUGUAAAGCGAGAGGGAAGACUACUUUGUAGCACAACACAGUGAAGAGUUGUUCUACUCCAUCUGUACAAGGCUUAUGUAUUUCUAAAAUAUCUUUCGUUUACGUGAAUGAGUCUCAUUCAAUUAUUUCCUGUGGUUGAACAUAAACAGUCAGUGAAUGCUGAACACACAUUUUGUUCAUUUUUGGACGUAGUACAUCAUUGUCUUUUCUUUCUUAGUUUGCUCAGAGCAUGAUUUUGAAGGUGCUUGUAACAUCUGUUUUGACUGACUGGGUUAAUCUGGAUAUCAAGUUGUUUUUUGUGCAUGUUGGUGGCCCGAUGAGCAAUCUAAUUUUCUAGCCCCCCGAUAUAGACUAGUUUCGGUAAUAAUGCACUUUUCCACACAUACACAAUAGGUAAUGUUUUUUCCAUCCAUAUUUCACUUCCAUCAGUUUUUAUUUUUUUACCUCCUGCAUGAAAUUCAAAUUGUCCCAUAUUGUGUUGUCAAAUUCUGGACAGUCUAGUCCUUGUGGGGCAAUUCUUGUGUCCCUCAUGUGUAGUAGCAAGCUUAAAAUUCCUAAAUGUAUACAAGGGUGUGAGAAUUUUAAGGCUACUGUGUAUGUUUAAAGAACUGGUUGAAAGUUAUUGACUCUAUUCAGACCUUAAAAUCUUAAAAUCUCAGAGUUUGACAUAGAAGUAAAACCUAUUCUCACAUUGCUUGUCCGCAUUUUGUCAGGUAUCAAGUGUAGUAAUAUGGUUCUGUGAGGUAUAGACUUAGAUCCAGAUGAAAAACAACUUUCAUUGUGUGUUCAAAAAUGUGAACUUUUUCUCAUCGUAUGUGUGAAAACGUGGAGAUUUUAUUUGCCUUCAAACAAAGGAUGUAAGCAGAUGUGUGUUUUAUCAUUGUAGAUCUGAACACCAUGGGAUACUGGUAUGUGUUGUGUGUGUCUGUGUUGUGUUUGUGUGUUUCUGCAAGAAGAAGUUUUUCUCACAUUCCAGCUGUUUUACAUGAAGAGGUCCGAAAUUCUUCUGACUCUGCUCAAAAAAUUACAAGAACAGAAAUAAGAUGUAGGCAGAUAUUAUGAAUGUGUUAAGUGUGUUGUCUUACACUUGAUUGCUGCUAUGUGUUGUUUAUUCCUACUUGAAUAUUUUGUGUUGUAAUGUAGAGACCUCAGGAGGUAUGUUUACUGUUUUUUAUUUUAUUUGCCGUUUUAAUUUCGUUUAUUUAUGCCUUUACCCCCAGUCUCCCAUUUAUUCACAACAUUAAUAAUAAUUAUAGAGCAAAUCACUGUAAUUGGUUCAGAUGCUGGUGAUAUCAAGGCAUAUUUUUGUCACCUUGUAUCCUAUAUCCUGUGUUUAUUUCUUUUGGAGGGGUGUAGUAUCAGAUCCAGUAGAGACUCAAAUACAAGAAAUAACAUACUUAAUAGUGUUGCAAUGCACAGAUUCACAUAGGCAAAACAUGGAAGAAAUUGGUCCUUAUGUAUGUGAACACUUACUGAAGAUAUUCAAAUGCAGUGUAUACUGUAUGCCUUGAAGUUGGGGGUGUGUUAUCCGUAUAAUCAUGACACUUGCACAGUAAAUAUUUGUUGUUUUCCCCACCCCAGAAUGCACCAACUACUGUACAGUUCUCUGUGUGGAAUCAAGAAAUAAUUAUAAUAAUGAAGUAAACCUUUGCUCAAAAGCCCCCAUUUUAUAUCCGAGAGCAAUUUAAUUUAUAGUGAACUUUUAUUUUAUAAUCUGAAUUUGAAAAUAUACAGGAAAAUAGAGAAAGUGAUCAUUUUUAGGGGCCACCAAAUAUUUUGGAUCAUGCAAAGAAUAUAUAUUGUAUUGUAAAAAUUUUGUAAUGAUAUUUGUAUGACAUUGUUAUGGACGUGAGUUUGUUUCACUGCUUGGAUCUGUACAUUGAUAAGAAUAAACCCUUUUCAAAAAUCA